GUCCGUCGGAGUGUCCCCGAGUGCUUGCAACUGUAUAAGUGGAAGGCGGGACCCAAACAGCCCAUACCGCCUCGGCAUCUUUUGCAAUCUUUCACUCACCACGAAUUGUGCCCCAUCUAUGUGUUUCCGGUUGAUUUAAGCUUCCUGUUCUGGUGAAGAAACCGCUUUUUCUUGCUCCGGUAUUGGUAUCGUCAGUCCAACGGCACCGCUAGCAAUAAUGACCAAGACUGUCCUGAUCCUCGGGGGUUCCCUCGCGGGCCUUCACGUUGCCCAUGCGCUUCUCAGGAAGCGCAACAAGGACCUGAAGGUCAUCAUCGUAUCCAAGAACACUCAUCUCUACUGGAACCUGGCAUCGGUCCGGGCCAUUAUUCCCGGUCAGAUUAAGGACGAGGCCAUAUUCAAGCCCCUCAGCGACGCUCUGUCCCGCUAUCCCAAGGAGUCCUGGGAACUCAUCAUCGGCACCGCCACUGCGGCGAACUUGGAAGAGAAAGCGGUCGAGGUCGCGGUCUCGGACGGCACGACUCGCAAGGUCGCCUAUGACCAGCUCGUCAUGGCCACGGGCGCCCGCUCCGCCGCGCCCAACGUCCCCUGGAAAGCCGCGGACAGCUACGAAGACACGGUCAAAAUCCUCCACGACACCGCGGCCCGGGUCAAGAAUGCGCAGCACAUCGUGGUCGGCGGGGCAGGCAGCACGGGUGUCGAGGUCGCCGGCGAGCUGGGCCACGAGUACGGCAAGACGAAGGAGAUCAUCCUGCUCUGCGCCGCCGACAAGAUCCUGGGCGGCGACAGCGUGGCGGCGGCCGCGGCCCACGAGCUGAAAAAGCUCAACGUCACCAUCAAGUAUGGCGCGCGCGUGGCCGAGACGCGGACCACGCCCGAGGGCAAGACGCACGUGGUGCUCUCGACCGGCGAGGCGCUGUCCACGGACCUGUACCUGCCGACGACGGGCCUGCUGCCCAACACCGAGUACCUCCCCGGGCGCUACCUCAGCGCGGACGCGGGCUACCGCCGCGUGCUGGUCGACGAGUUCCUGCGGGUGCAGGACGCGCGCGACGCGUGGGCGUGCGGCGACGUCGUCAGCAAGCCGCGCGCCGGCUUCCUGAUCACGCAGAAGCAGGCGGCCAACGUGGCGAGGAACGUGGAGCUUGCGCUGGCCGGCCGCGAGCCCGCCGUCGCCAAGGACCCGCCCGCGGAUAUCUUUGCCUGCUCGGUCGGGCGCGACCGCGGCGCCGGCCGCAUCAACUCCAUCCGCCUGCCCAGCUUUGCCGUCUGGCUGGCCAAGGGGCGCACGCUCGGGAUGCAGAGGGUGCAGGGGUAUGUUGACGGGAGCGUUGCGUAGGGGGAUUGAUGCGUGCAGGGUGAACAGCUCUUUUUAGUGGCAGCCGGUGCAGGGUGAUUAGCUUUCUUUUGUUAGGAAGGGCCCGGUUACA